CAAACAACAACUUCAACUUGAACGUCUGAUCAUUCCGACAUCAAACCUGUAACUGCAUCAAAUUACUUUAUAACAGGAAAAAAAAAAAGAACGUGCUCCAAGAAGAAUUUCGCUAAGACCUGACAGCUGGGCCAUAAUCCUUUUACAACACAGUGAUGAAUACAUCAACAUCAUAUCAAACUGUGGCACGGAUCCUGCGACUCCAACGAUACCACCACCACCACUAUGGAGUGCCUACUACAUCUAAAAACAAAAUGCUCUUGACUACAAAUAAACCAGCAAUAACUAUCAUACGGCAGAGCAGAUACUUAUCAGCUAAUAUCAACAAUCACACUGCAUCGGUGUCUAGAUCUGGAUCUGGAUCUAGAUCAAAAUCAGAACCAGGAGUUGGACCUGUAGAGGAAAUACCGCCUACAGCAGUUCAGCCAUCAAAACUUACGCCAGAACGGUCUAUGCUAGAUAUAAAUGAAAAUGUCAAGCCAAUCGAACAAGUGAUCGCAGAUCUAAGCCGAGAUACCACAACCGUAUCAGGGACUUCUACCACUUCAGAAUCAGAAUCAACCCUUCAUCAUGAUAAGAGAUCAGCAGAAAGCAGCAACUCGUCAUCAGAAACAGGAGCUAAAUCAGACUCUUUUGAUUCACAGUCCACAUCAUCAGCGCCGCCGCCAAAGGCAAAAAAAUCGAAGUUUUGGUACAUUUUAUAUCACAUCAUUUAUUGGUCUGCCAUAGGCUCAUUACCUGUCCAUUUGUUAAUGAUCAAGGGUGAAGCUAAGGAUCUGAAAGAGAAACAGGAAUGGAAGAUUGGCGUGUUAACAGAUAUGAGAGACAAGCUGAAGAGAGGAGAAUCUAUUGAAGAGGAGGAAUCUUUGUUAACCAUUGGUGCGGAUCGAAGCAAGAGAGAGGAGCAAGUCGACGACAAGUAUUUUGAAGACUUAUUGAUAUCAGCAGAAAAACAGGACUUCGUGUUUGGCAAGGACAAGGAAAUUGCUUCUGAGGACCCUUCUCCAGCACCAUCCUCCGCAUCAGCGUCAGUAUCGCGGGUAUCGCCAGCAGGGCCUAGGAAACCAAAGCCUCCCAAGAGCGAGAGGAGUUAUUUGUAAUCACAACAUUUGAGGAAAAAAAGAAAAAUAAAAAGAGCAUGCAU